UUCUCCCCUCAGAGUGUACAGUACUAGCUUAGCCUCCGGAGACUCUGUCAAGCCUUAUUGUUUGUGUGACUUUCUCCUGAGGCUGCUUGCUCUUGGAGACAAGAGAUUCUUAUCACAGCCCAGACUUCACGAUGGUCUCGCUUUUUAAAUUUUAACCACCGCUUGGUGUGCGGUGCUAGCAUUGUGGAAAUCACAGGAGCAGCAUUUACUGGGUCUUCGAACAGCUCUCCCAACCGCACACUUUCUUCAUGCUGAUCCUUUUCGCUGGAGCCAGCCACUUCAGAUGGUUCAGAUGGACCCAGUGCAAAAAGCUGUCAUAAACCACACAUUUGGCGUGUCACUCCCUUUAAAGAAGAAACAAGUCAUUUCCUGCAAUGUGUGUCAACUUCGUUUUAAUUCUGAUAGCCAGGCUGAGGCCCACUACAAAGGAAGUAAACAUGCCAAGAAGGUCAAAGCACUAGAAGCAACGAAAACUAGACCAAAAGCAAGUCCUUCCAAGAACAGCGCAAUGGCUAACAUGAACGGCUCUGCUACGCCGGUCCCGGCCAACAUCUCUAACAAAUCAGACAGGGCAAUUCUGAAAGCUAAUGACUCUAGUCAACUUUCAAGGGCUGAAACAAUCACCUUUAUACCUGAGUCUGCCAGUGUAGCAGCAGCAGCAGCAGUAGCAACAGCUACAAUAACCACACCUUUGUGGCCAGUUUCUUCCAAGAGCACAAAUGGGACUACAAUUGCCAUUUCUGAAUCCGAAGAGGAGAAAGCCAAAAAAUUACUGUAUUGUUCAUUAUGCAAAGUGGCUGUGAAUUCUUUAUCUCAGUUAGAAGCACACAACACAGGUUCCAAGCACAAGACAAUGGUGGAAGCUAGGAAUGGUGCUGGUCCAAUUAAAUCUUAUCCUCGGCCUGGAUCCAGAUUGAAGACUCAUGGAGCUACUAUCGGUUCAGGACUACAGAACAAAACUUUUCAUUGUGAGAUUUGUGAUGUCCAUGUCAAUUCAGAAAUUCAGCUGAAGCAGCACAUUUCUAGCAGAAGGCACAAGGACAAAGUUGCAGGGAAACCCACAAAACCGAAAUACAGUCCUUAUAACAAAUUACAGCGUAAUCCAAACAUUCUAGCGGCAAAGCUGGCCUUCCAAAAAGAUAUUCUGAAGCCUUUGGCACCUGCCUUUCUCUCCUCUCCUCUUGCUGCCGCCGCUGCGGCAGUAUCCACAGCUCUGACUCUCCCACCACGACCCUCCGCUGCUCUCUUCCAGGCUCCUGCAAUACCCACAGCUCUCCUAAGGGCAGGACAUGGGCCUCUCCGAGCUACUCCAGCAUCUAUCCUCUUUGCUCCCUACUGAACUGGGAAUAAGCAAGGCAUGACUUUGGCCACGUGGAACAAGGACAAAAGAAGACCAGAGCAAGAUUUCCACUUUCUUUUUGUUUUUGUUUUUUACAAGACUUGUGUUUUUAAGAUCUCGUGCUUGAUUCCGUCCUUAGAAAAAUAAGUUACAAAACUCAUUGGCAGGAAUUGCAGUCUAGAAUCCAUUGGGGGCAGGGGGUUAAAUAAAGCUCAGAUACCUGGUUUACAAAAAUAUAUUGUGCACAAAAUAUAUUCAAAGGUUCAUAGGUCGUUUUUAACUGGAUAUUAUGAUUUGUAAGCAAGGAAUGUGGAAUAUUUUCCUGUAUGACUUGAAAAACCAGAAUUGUAUACAUGGAUCUCUGGAAGCUAACUUGUUCAUAUCCUGGUGAGUAGAUUCUGGUGUGCCACAAAAGCUGGAUGAAGGCAUUAUUUAGUUUGCUGAAAACAUUUCAGUAGUGGAUUGCAACUUCUUAUUACCUAAUAUACUCCCGUUCCUUUAAUACGUGUCUUGUUUAGGCCUUAGUUCGUAUGAGUAUAUCUUGUGUAACGCUGCGGAUUUAUCUCUCAUUUGAUUUCAAAUCAUUUUGGUGGCAGUGCAAAUAUUUAGAAGCACAGCUCAGCCUUGAAUCUUUCUUUUUGAAAAUUUAAUGUCUUUAAUGUAUCAUUUUAUUUAGAAGGACUCAGAAGUAACAAAGCCAUAUAUCCCAUAAAUAAGAUGAUGACUUGUUUACAAUUUUUAUUUUAUUUAUUUUGCAUUCAGUUAUUCUUCCCCCCCGCCCCGUUGCUAAACAUCCACUUCAAAGACAUUUCAUCAUUUAUAUGUUUACUAAAGAGAUUGUGCACAUUGUUCAAUCAGAUAAUGAGCUGACAUAUUUAUUAUUCAUACAUACAUAUCCCUUCACGCUCAUGUAUAUACAUAUUUCUAUUUGGUUUGCAUUUCUAAACUUCUUUCCUUACAGAAUGAUGGCUGCAUAUAGUUGUGGCUCCCAAUGCAAUAAUGUACAGGAGAUAAAAUAUUUAUAAAACAAAUUGUUUGUUCUUCUGAUGAAUAUUAUUAUUCUAAUCUUCCUGUCUGCUUUUUCCCCCACACUAUUUUAUCAACAUAAUUUGGGCACUGAGGACAUGCUGUAUGUCUUGCUUGGGAAAAUGAGGGUAUUCUCCAAAAGCAUCUUUGCUUGCAAUCUGUAAAGAUAAUAUAUUUAUAUUUUUAAAAGUACAUUUUAAUAAAAUACCGUGGGAAAAUUAUAAUAUAAUUUAUUAAUGAGAAAAAGUUCACGUGACACUCUUAAAUGAGCUCUGUACUGCUAAAACGGCAUUACACGGAAUUUUUUAAAAAAAACUUUGAUAACUCAUGAUAUGGUUCACUUACAUAAAACUGUACAAUCACUUGAUUAAACUUUCAUGGGUAAUGAAUGACUACAGUUAUGAAUACAUAAUAGAUACUUUGCAUAGCACUCUGAGCAGCUUAGUAUCAUGGCGUGCUGUUUUUUAAGAAACAGAAAUCUAUAGUACUGUAUACAUACUUUAAGGGGUUAUUAAAAAAAACAAGCAUCUCAGAAUCCAUCAUUUUAUCUCUUCAGUUGAUUACUGAAUAUUUCUGGGCUAAGUGUCUUUUGCUGUUCCCCUGCUUCUGGUAAUCAGAGCUUUACUGCCUCUGAACAUAAUGAUUAAUAUUAAAUAUUAAAAUGAUUUCUGACAGUCCAGUUCUGCAAUUCCUGUUAUAGUAUCAAAUUUAAAGAUAUACAAACUUAAAUCUAUUUGUCUGAUGUGUGACUGUAUUUGGCUAAGAUUAUUAAAUCUGGGGGGGAAAUCAUCAUCUUUUUUCAAAAUGGGAAGGGAAAAGUUUCAUCGAUUUCCAGUGGUAAUUGAGGCAUGGAUUCCUAAAUUUAAAAUUUGGCAUCAAAUCCCAAAUGAAAUCAGACUGUGUUCCAAUAAGAAUUUUCUGAUUGUGCAGACUCUGGAAUAGCCAUGACAGUUAAGACAGCUGAGCAUAAUAACUAACAAUGUGAAAUAUGAUCGCCGUUUUUCAAGAUGGGAGCAAUACUACUAAGC